CGGCGGCGGCGGGCACGGCGGCGGCCGAGGGGCGGCAGCAGCGCAGCGCGAGCCCGGCAUGAGGAGCCGCCGCGCGAGCCCCGCCACAGCUCCGGUCGGCCCUUUUUAAAGGCCAAGUCCAAGGGAAGCCCAGCUAGCAGUCAUCCUCAGUUUGGUGUCCUUGGAGCCAGACUGCCCAGGACAGUUUGCUUGCCUAAACUGGACUGAAAGACACUCAGAUUACUGGAGAUCAUCUUUUUUAAGGUAUCUCAAGAGAAAAGAAGCAGGUCUUCAUAAUAAUGGAAGAGUCCACAAGCUCUAAAAAUGGAAAUCAUGAACCAAGGAAGUCUACUCGGGUUGUUUGUGAAGAAAGCAAAGCUCCUAGAGCGUCAGCCAAUCAGAAUUUGAGACCUAGAAAUGAUAGGGUCGUAAGGGACAUUGGAAGAAGUUCUCCAAGUGGGAACAGUAAUAAAAAAAAUAAACAAAAUGAUGUUUGUACAGAAAAAAUAGAACUUAAAUCAUGUAAGGUAAAUACCUCUACUGUCCCAGGCACGAAAGACUUGGGAUCUGUCCCAGGCACGAAAGACUUGGGAUCUGUCCCAGGCACGAAAGACUUGGGAUCUGUCCCAGGCACAAAAAACUUGGGAUCUGUCCUUCAGGAUCAAAGUCAUUGCAAAGCAAAAAAGUCACCAGGACCACUGGUGACUGGAGAAGGCGUGAAGCCAGUGAGAGCUGAGCAGGUCGAAGAGGAUGUUCCAAGCACCUCUGCUUCUGAGAAGGAUGUGAAUAAAGAAACUUUACCUACUGUACAAAAAGGGAAGUCAGCUUUAGAAACUGCACCAGGCUCUCCGAAACUAAAAACCUGUACAGAUAAUACUAGUGACUCUGGUAAUAGCAUUUCAGGAACAGAAGACAAAUCUGAUGACUUGAGUAAAAUGAAGAGUGCUGAGCCAACGAAAGACCCUCCUUCAGAGCUGGAUUACUUGGAAAAUGUCACCACGAUCGAUGAGUCAAUGCUCACCCCGGAGCAGAAGCUGGGGCUGAAGCAGGCAGAGGAGCGCCUGGAGCGCGAUUACAUCUUUCGACUGGAAAAACGCUCCCCGGAAUACACCAAUUGCCGAUAUCUAUGCAAACUAUGCUUAGUUCAUAUUGAAAAUAUCCAGGGAGCACAUAAGCACAUAAAAGAGAAACGGCAUAAGAAAAACAUCACGAGAUCUAUUAAAAACACCAGAUCCAAUGAUCCCUGGCUCGCUCUUUCCAUGUCUCUCCCAACAACUGGACCAUUGGCUCAUCCCACUGAAUUUUCCACCUCCCAGUCAGCUGUUUGUGGUCCUGUGGGAUCCAGUCUACACAAAGCAUUAUGUGAAAAGCAGGAAGAAAAUGAACUCCGAGCCUUGCCACCCCCUUCUCCUGCCCAGCUGGCUGCUUUGAGCUCCACCCUCAUGCAAGCAGCAAAGGAACAAGGAAUUUCUGACACUGACUUUGGGUUCCGGCAGGAAAUUGUGACCGAAAUGGAAAAGGUUGUGCAGCAGCGCUUACCAGACUGUUCGCUUAGGCUGUAUGGCUCCUCUCUGACUAGGUUUGCUUUUAAAAGCAGUGAUGUUAAUAUAGAUGUAAAAUUUCCACCCAAGAUGAGUCACCCAGAUGUUUUGAUUCAGGUGCUUGACAUAUUAAAAAACUGUGCAUUAUACUCAGAGGUGGAGUCUGACUUCCAUGCCAAAGUUCCUGUUGUCUUUUGCAAAGAUGUGAAGAGUGGUUUAACCUGUAAGGUGAGCGCUGGAAAUGAUGUGGCAUGCCUCACAACUGAUUUGCUUGCUGCUCUUGGCAAGCUAGAGCCUGUCCUAACCCCCUUGGUGUUAGCUUUUCGCUACUGGGCUAGGUUAUGCCAUAUUGACUGCCAGGCUGAAGGGGGGAUCCCUUCAUACUCUUUUGCUUUAAUGGUGAUGUUUUUUCUUCAACAAAGAAAGCCCCCUCUUCUUCCUUCCUAUUUAGGCAGUUGGAUUGAAGGUUUUGACUCAAAACGAGUUGAUGACCACCAGCUGAAGGGCAUCGAAGAUGAGAAGUUUGUGAAGUGGGAAUACAAACCUAUGCCUAGUGGGCCCGGGAAGAACUCAGGUGCCUCCGAAAGUAAAGCAAAAGCUGAUCAGAGAAGUGGUGCCAAGAAGCCCAGCAGCUCGGAAACAGACCCCCAGAGCGGUGCUACCAAGGAGAGACACGGCAAGUCUCCGUUAGCGUUGGAAAUACCAAAUCAGGUAUCCCUGGGACAAUUAUGGUUAGAGCUGUUAAAGUUUUACACACUGGAGUUUGCUUUGGAGGAAUAUGUCAUAAGCGUACGGGUACAAGAACUCUUAACACGAGAGAACAAAAACUGGCCUAAAAGGCGAAUAGCCAUUGAAGACCCUUUUGCACUCAAGAGGAAUGUUGCACGGAGUUUGAAUAGCCAGAUGGUGUUUGAAUAUAUCCUGGAGAGGUUCAGGACAGCCUAUAAAUAUUUUGCUUGUCCUCAGAGUAAAGACGGGAAUAAGUCUAAGGUGGAUUCCAGGAAGAAGGAGAGGGGGAAAAUGAGCAACAAGAAGCCUGCGAAGUCUGGAGACGUGGGCCCCAGUGGCUGCCCUCUCCAAGGGGAAAGCGUAGAGAAGACCAAGCCAGAAAGUAGGGGUGUUGCACACGUUUGUCAGUCUGAGGAAUGUGACGAGAUGGAGUGUGCGUCCCAGAGAGGCAGGAAGGACGAAGACCCAGCAAAGCAGCUGGACGCGGCCGACUCCAGUUAUGACGAGGACGCUCGGGAACCUUGGACUCCUAGCGACGGUGACGAAUCGGAGCCAAAAUCUCUGGACGAGCAGCGUGACUUGGAGCCUCCGGAGCCUCGUUCGAAAGAGGAGGCCGGUGGCCAGUGUACCUGCCCCGAGCAUAGGUCACCUGACCCAGACGCCAUUAAUGAACUGGAGGGGACCCCCUGCAGGUCAGAUGUGGAAACACCAUCUCUGCAGCCGACUCCGGGCCCUGGCACUGACUCAUCAGCUACCUCUCCCCACUGCCAAGCUCCGGCAGAAGCUUGUGACCUUAAAGACGAAGACCAGCUCUGCCCUCCAGAAAUGCAUUACGUGUUUGAUAAGUUUAUUUUGACUUCUGGCAAGCCUCCAACUAUAGUAUGCAGCAUCUGCAAGCGAGACGGGCAUUCCAAAAAUGACUGUCCAGAUGAUUUCAAGAAAAUUGAUCUCAAACCGCUCCCACCAAUGACAUACCGAUUUCGGGAUAUACUUGAUCUAGUGUGUAAAAAAUGCUUUGAUGAAUUAUCACCUCCAUUUUCUGAACAACAAAGCAGGGAGCAAAUUUUGGCCAGCUUAGAAAGGUUUAUUCAAAAAGAAUAUAAUGAAAAGGCCAGACUUUGCUUAUUUGGUUCCUCAAAGAACGGAUUUGGAUUCCGCGACAGCGAUCUCGACAUCUGCAUGACACUCGAUGGCCAUGAGAAUGCUGAGAAAUUGAAUUGUAAGGAAAUAAUUGAAGGUUUGGCAAAAAUUCUUAAGCGACAUCCAGGUUUAAAAAACAUCUUGCCUAUAACUACUGCCAAAGUGCCUAUCGUCAAAUUUGAACACAGGCGGAGUGGACUAGAAGGAGACAUCAGCUUAUACAAUACCUUGGCUCAGCAUAAUACAAGAAUGCUGGCUACGUAUGCAGCUAUCGAUCCUCGGGUGCAGUACUUGGGAUAUACCAUGAAAGUGUUCGCCAAGCGCUGUGACAUCGGUGAUGCGUCCAGAGGAAGUUUGUCCUCCUAUGCUUAUAUCCUCAUGGUGCUGUACUUCCUGCAACAAAGAGAUCCCCCCGUGAUCCCAGUGCUCCAGGAGAUAUUCGAUGGAAAACAGAUUCCCCAGCGAAUGGUGGAUGGAUGGAAUGCCUUUUUCUUUGAUGACAUGGAGGAACUGAAAAAGCGUUUGCCUUCUCUGGGCCAAAACACAGAGACCCUGGGGGAGCUCUGGCUGGGGCUGCUGCGCUUUUACACCGAAGAAUUUGAUUUCAAGGAAUAUGUCAUCAGCAUUCGGCAGAAAAAGCUGCUGACAACUUUUGAGAAACAGUGGACAUCCAAAUGCAUUGCGAUCGAAGAUCCUUUUGACUUGAAUCAUAACCUUGGUGCUGGAGUCUCUAGAAAAAUGACCAAUUUCAUCAUGAAGGCCUUUAUCAAUGGCAGGAAACUCUUUGGCACCCCGUUUUAUCCUCUUGUUGGGAGAGAAGCGGAGUACUUCUUUGAUUCUAAAGUAUUGACGGAUGGAGAGUUGGCCCCCAAUGACCGCUGCUGCCGUGUGUGUGGGAAAAUUGGGCACUACAUGAAAGACUGUCCUAAAAGGAGGAGCGCUUUACUGUUUAGGCUGAAAAAGAAAGAGAAUGAGAAAGAAGAUGAGAAAGAAAUGAAGGAUGAAGACAGAGAACUUCGAGAGAAGAGAUGUUUUAUCUGUGGAGACGUGGGACACGUCAGAAGAGAAUGCCCCGAAUACAAACAAGCGCGGCAGAGGAACAACGGUCUGGCAGGUGCCCAGCUGGUACGCAGCCUCGUCAGCGCCCCGGCAGUAGCCGGCUCGGUCCAGCAACAAGUCGACCGGCCCUCACGGACCAGGCAGCCCUCUGAAUGCUCUGAUUCACAGCCGUCAUCUUACUCUCCACAGCCCCCGCCAUUCCCCCAGAACUCUCCUCAGCCAGCUUCUCUUGCCCAGGCCACGCCACAGCCCAUAGCCCAGCCCAAGCACGGCCCGCCACCGGCGGCCCAGCCGCCACAUCAGGUCCAACUGCCUUUGUUUAACUUUCCCCAGUCGCCCCCAGGUCAGUAUUCUGCCCUGCACAGCCUGGGACUGCUGCAGGUGCACCCCCACCCCCACCCCAUCCCUCUCCCAGGCACUACCUGGCCGAUGCACGGCCCCGUGAUCCACUCGGCACCAGGGAACCCUGCCCACCCCGCCGGCGUCCCCUUUCCCAUGCAGUCUGGUGGCAGUGGCGCCGGCAACGGCCAGAACACUGUGAGUCUGAACGACCCCAGCAUCAUCUUUGCACAGCCCGCCGCCAGGCCCCCCCUGGGCAUCCCCGCUUCUCACGAGGGACACUGGCACAGCCCUGUGGCUCCAAGCUCACUGGUGAACAACGGUGCGGUGGGGAACUCAGAUCAGGGCUUUCAAGGACAGUUUGCAAAACUGACCCCUCCAAUUCCUUGGGAUCACGGAGCCCCCGCCCACUUCCCUAUCCUCCAAGCGUCGUGGCCUUACGGUGGCGUGCCUCAGAACUUCCUCCAGCAGGGGAACGCCAGCUUUCAGCCGAACAAAGCUUUCUACCCUCCAGGCGACAUAGGAGGUCUGGGCUUUAUUCCUCAGUUGGUGUGGGGCUUUUCUAGAGAAACAGAGAAACUAUUUCCUACCCUCACUAUGGCAAUCAGAAGGAUAGUGCCCUGCAUGCCCACUGCUGUGAGCUUCAGCUGGCCCACUGAUGCCAAGCAACCCGAGAUUCCCUCUGCUGUCUCAAGGGCACCCGUCCCUCAGCUUGAACUACAUCCAGCAGAAGAAAUGACAUUUCGUGGAAAGCAAAGCAAAUCAGGUCCUGGAUUUAACAUUUUAACACAACUUGUUUAGAUACAGAUUAUUUAAAUUUAAGACUGUUUUUAAAGUGUAUCAUUUGUAUAUAGAUACAAGCUAUAGUUUUUACUAGUAUCACCAAAAUGAGUGAUACAAAUUUCAUCUAUUUUAUUACCCUAUUUUUAAGGGACUUUUGUGUUUUGUUUUACCUUGAUGAACUGUAAAAAGAGAGAAUUUAAAAAAAAAAUUAAGUUCUUUAUUUUCUAUUAGCUGUAUUCAUACUUUGGUUGCUUCAGACUUUAUAUAUAUUGUUCUUAAAAAUAAGAAUUAGGAAGGGAUUUCAUGUGUUUUAAAAUUUGUCACUUCUAUUCUUUACAGAACCAUGUAGUGCCAAAAACUUUUAAAAAAUAAAACAAAAUUGCAACAGCA